AUGAGUGGUGAAUUUUUAGAUAAAAAGAGUAGUAUUCUAUUUUUUAUAAGUUUAGCCAAUUUAGUUUUUGUAGUUGUAUCACUUUGUACAGAUUGGUAUGGUGCAUCAAUAUAUGCUGGUAAUCACGAUUAUUAUACAAUUACAAAAUUCUCUGCAACUCUCUAUGGAUUAAAGACAACUUUUGAAUUAAAUGACAAUGGAAAUAUUGAUAUUGUUUAUAGCUAUCAGAAAUAUACAGAUCUUUACAAAUCUACACAGACGAAUGUAAUGAUUGCCACUGGUAUAUUCCAGUAUUUCAGUUUGAUAUGUUUGUUAGGAGUGAUGGCCUGUUUGGUGGUCAACCACUACUACGAGCAUUGGGUUCUGCCCAAAGUUCAUUUAAUACUGUCUGCUUUGAUGGUGUUGUUCGAGUUGAUCUGUAUACUGAUGGUGUCACACAUCUACAUUGCCUAUGAGGAUAGCUACGGUUGGAUGGAAGCAUUCGGUGGAACCAGUGGCGGAAAUAGCUGGGGACCGAAAGUUGGAUUCUCAUUCUGUUGUAUCUCAUUCAUGUUGGCUGUGGGCACACUGAUUCCAACUCUCAUUAGACUCAACGAACAACAUAACCACUCACACCUUUCCUCGGAGGAUAACGCUGCCUUUGAAGAUGCACCACUUCUCUCACACAACAACAACAACAGUCAAUCCUACCAAAGCAUCUAUUCACCAGUUCCAAUUACAACCACAUCAACUACAACCACAACAAAUAGCAAUCCAAACACUCCAACUGUUACCAUUGUUACUCCUCCAACCUCCAAAAACUCAAUCGAUUCCAAGUCAGAACCGAUUGAACCAAAACAUCAACCACAACAACCUACAGCAACAACAACAAAUAAUAAUGAAGAAUCAGAAGAAUCAAAUGAAUAUCAAGAGUUUUAA